UGUGAUCGUGUAUUUCUUCUGUCACACCCCCUCAAAAAAAAAAUUAAAGUGUGGAGAAGUAGUAUUCUUUGUGAUGAUAUGGAUCUGAAAGAAGAUAAGAAAUCAGAUUCCGAAGGAAAAAAUAACAGCAGUCCGUCAUUGAAGAGUUGCAGUGACUGUAGCACUACCAAAACUCCUCUCUGGAGAGGCGGUCCAUCUGGACCCAAGUCAUUGUGUAAUGCGUGUGGGAUAAAAUACAAUAAAAAGCGGAGGCAACUUUUGGGGUUGGAUACAGGAAGAACGAACAAGAAGAAGAAGAGAACAAGUGUAACUCGAAGUAACGAAGUAAGCGAGAUUUUGAAAAUGAGAUUUAUGGCUUUGGGGAAUGAUGUUGUUUUGCGGAGAUCAGGAAAACUUAUGAGUAAAUUGAGGGAAGAAGAAAGAGCUGCUAUUCUUUUGAUGGCUCUUUCCUGCGGAUCUGUUUAUGCUUAGUUUUAGUAGUAGUACCUUGUGUUGAUUUGGUUGUACCCGGAUUUCAAGUUAUUUAUUUAAAAAAAAAAAAAGAAAAAAGGAUGAGGAUCUAACCAAAUGUAACAUUAGUUUUGAGGAAUGGUGAUUUAGUUUUAUGGUGGUAGGAUUGAACUGAUGUAAUAGCUAACUAUGAUAGACUGUUUGGUUAUUCUUUUUAACAAUUUUGGUUGUUGCUGAAA